AUGGGCAGCAAAACCUUGCCAGCACCGGUGCCCAUCCAUCCAUCCCUGCAGCUCACCAACUACUCCUUCCUCCAGGCAGUGAACGGACUGCCCACAGUGCCCUCGGACCAUCUGCCCAACCUGUAUGGGUUUAGCGCCCUGCACGCGGUGCACCUGCAUCAGUGGACGCUCGGCUACCCGGCCAUGCACUUGCCCCGCUCUUCUUUCUCCAAAGUGCCAGGCGCCAUGUCCAGCUUGGUGGAUGCGCGCUUCCAGCUGCCAGCCUUUCCCUGGUUCCCUCACGUCAUCCAGCCCAAGCCAGAGAUCACUGCGGGAGGCGGCGGCCCUGCGGUGCUCAAGACCAAGCCAAGGUUUGAUUUUGCCAAUCUGGCUUUGGCCGCCACACAAGAAGAUCCCUCCAAACUUGGCCGAGGGGAAGGUCCUGGUUCCCCCGCUGCGGGGUUGGGCGCCCUCCUGGAUGUGACCAAGCUUUCCCCGGAAAAGAAACCCACGCGGGGACGCCUGCCCUCCAAGACCAAGAAGGAGUUUGUCUGCAAGUUCUGUGGCCGCCACUUCACCAAGUCCUACAACCUUCUUAUCCAUGAGCGAACACACACGGAUGAAAGGCCCUACACCUGUGACAUCUGCCACAAAGCUUUUCGGAGGCAAGACCACCUACGGGACCACAGAUAUAUUCAUUCCAAAGAGAAGCCUUUCAAAUGUCAAGAGUGCGGGAAAGGAUUUUGCCAGUCCAGGACUCUGGCCGUCCACAAGACGCUACACUCACAGGUGAAGGAGCUCAAACCUCCAAGAUCAAAUGCUAAAAAAAAGAGAAAAAAAGCAGCAUCCAGCUGGCGAGGACGUUGGGAGCAAGAUUCCUCCCCCAUCCCUGAGAGGGAUCAGAAGCCAAGGCGACUUUGGCGGGCAGCGGGAGGGACUCCCGGACCUCCCCCUACCCCGAACCGUGUCCCUAGAGUCCGGGGCGCACGCUGA